GCCGGCCCGUCAGCGAGCCGGCGAGCGGCCUCCGCGCCCGGCCUCCGUGAGGGGGGCGCCCGGCCGGACCCUGAGCCUCGCUCUCUCGCGCUGCGGCCGUCCGCGCCUCCUCGGCCGCCUGCCCGGCAUGAAGACCAAGUUCUGCAACGGGGGCGAGGCGGAGCCCUCGCCGCUCGGGCUGCUCCUGAGCUGCGGCGGCGGCAGCGCGGCCCCGGCGCCCGGCGUGGGGCAGCAGCGCGACGCCGCCAGCGACCUCGAGCCCAAGCAGCUGGGCGGCCCGCAGCCGCCGCUCGCGCUGCCGCCGCCGCCGCCGCCGCCGCUGCCGCUGCCGCCGCCGCCGCCGCCGCCGCCGCCGCCGGCCGACGAGCAGCCCGAGCCUCGGACGCGGCGCAGGGCCUAUCUGUGGUGCAAGGAGUUCCUGCCCGGCGCCUGGCGGGGCCUUCGCGAGGACCAGUUCCACAUCAGUGUCAUCAGAGGUGGCCUCAGUAACAUGCUGUUCCAGUGCUCCUUACCUGACACCGUGGCCACCAUUGGUGACGAGCCCCGGAAAGUGCUCCUGCGGCUGUACGGGGCGAUUUUAAAGAUGGUAUUUUUGAUAAAGCUGUGGAAUGGAAAGAGGUCCUGUAAUAAAGAGGGAUCCGAACAAGCUCAGAAAGAAAAUGAAUUUCAAGGGGCCGAGGCCAUGGUUCUGGAGAGCGUUAUGUUUGCCAUUCUCGCAGAGAGGUCGCUGGGACCCAAGCUCUACGGCAUCUUCCCCCAAGGCCGCCUGGAACAGUUUAUCCCGAGCCGGCGAUUAGACACUGAAGAAUUAAGUUUGCCAGAUAUUUCUGCAGAAAUAGCUGAGAAAAUGGCCACGUUUCAUGGUAUGAAAAUGCCAUUCAAUAAGGAACCAAAAUGGCUUUUUGGAACAAUGGAAAAGUAUCUGAAUCAAGUCCUGAGGGUCAAGUUUGCCGGGGAGCCCAGAGUGAAGCAGCUCCACAGACUCCUCCGCCACAACCUGCCUUUGGAACUGGAGAACCUGAGGUCGCUGCUGGAAUCCACCCCUUCUCCGGUUGUGUUUUGUCAUAACGACUGUCAGGAAGGUAACAUCUUAAUGCUGGAAGGCAGAGAGAAUUCUGAAAAGCAGAAACUGAUGCUCAUCGACUUCGAAUACAGCAGUUAUAAUUACAGGGGAUUUGACAUUGGGAAUCAUUUCUGUGAGUGGAUGUAUGACUAUAACUAUGAAAAGUACCCUUUCUUCAGAGCCAACAUCCUGAAGUACCCCACCAAGAGACAGCAGAACCGCUCUUCCCGCGGAACCCCUGCCAGUGAGCAGCGUUUCAGAGAGGUCAGAGCGGCGCGAGGACGGGGAUGCAGCCAGUCGCUGCUGUCACUCACUCGGGACGUGUUUCUCGGUCACUCGCCUGCGCCAGGCACGGUGAUGGUGUCUUCGGUCGAUGGCCCACGCGCCAGGGGCUGCCGUUCAGAUGUUGACUUGCCGUGGGACGGAAACCGCGUUGCCCUCUCCUCGCCACGUCGUAGGGCCAACCGCGAUGAACUUGAGUAUCAGUUGGCCAAGCCGGUUCUGGCCCUCAAGGUCAUGCUGUGUGAGAAGGAAGGGAGGGGAAGAGUAGGCCGUUUAGCCUGAGGAAGAAGAAGCAGCAGUCUUCAGGUAUUUGAAUUUUUGCCUCACUGAAAAGAAAGCAGCCCUUUGUAAAAACGGGGCAGCCCUGGAGGUGAGAACCCCCAAGCCAGGAAGAGGGGCCUUUCAGUAAGAAGGCAGGCUUCCUGUUAACGCACAGAAGAGCUGUGUGGCCGCCAGCACCGCACAGCAAUGCGAAUAGUUGUUGGUCUUUUCUCGAUACCCCUUCUGCACCGCUGAGGUAAUCUCGCGCUUGUCUCACUUUAGGCCGUUAAUGAGAUGUUUUAAAACGUUAAGCCAUCUUAGAAUUUCUAAAAUAGACCACUCGAGUGAAGUGUGUUAUUUUGGAGCGCUCUCUUGGAUCCAGUUAAGCAGUCUCUCACUUAGGAGUUUGACAUCUGUGUACAUAUGUGGAUUGGGCUCUUAACGUUCAUUUUAAAAACCAUUAUUCAUAUCUGCUUGUGGAAUAAGGAUGAUACUAGUCUAAUAAAAUGAGUCGGGUGUCCCUUUUUAAUUUUCUGGAACAAAUUUAUAUUAAACAUGACGUUCUUUGAA